UCUGUUUCACUUCCCUUUCUAUUCUAGUAUGCCAAGUGAGAUUUCAUCCAGCUCAAAGACAAAAGAAUCAGAGAGAGAAGCAGCAGGAGCUAGAAAUGGAGAAAUUUCAUACUAUAAUGGAUAUGUGCCUCGGUCACAAGAAGGUUUUGGGAUUCAGUGCCGUGUCUUUGCUGACUGCGGGCAGUGAGCGUAUCUUCUCUAUUGCAGUGUUCAAAUGUCCCUGCAAUUCGUGGAGCAUGUUGUAUGGCUUAACCUUCCUUCUCAUGCCUGCCUUGGUUCUCUUUCUUCUCGGCUACCUGCUGAACACAAGGACCUGGAGAUUGCUCACUGGCUGUUGUGCCUCACGCAAGAGGUGUAGCUGCAGCAGCCCUGGGCACCUUUCAAGCUGCCUCCAAGUGUUAUGGCUGUCAACUGUAAGUGCUGCUGUGGCCCCACUCACCUGGAUUGCUGCGGCCCUGCUGAGUGCCAGCUUCUAUGAAUGUGCAGUGAGUGGAAGUAGCAUGUUGCAAAAUUACUUGUGUAAAGAGCAUGACUCUGAGUGCCGUGAGCAAGUAGCCAAAAUCCCUUGUAGUGGGACUCUCCGCAAAGAGCUGCAGAAUGAACCAUCCAGCCUUCGGGCACAGUCUCAGGUUCUAGGAUGGAUUCUGAUAGCUGGUUUCAUGACUUUAGUACUGAUUUCCACAUGCAUCAAGCGCUGUCGUUCUCCAGUCAGUUUUCUUCAGCUCGAAUUCUGGAAAAUAUACUUGAAAAAAGAACAGGAGUUUUUUGGUAACAAGGCCAAAGAGCACGCAGCCAAGAUGGCAGAAAGAAAUGUGAGCUGCUACUUUGACUCCACUGAGCUAGAACCAUUUUAUACUCCAAGCAACAAAGCCUGGUGGCAGAUCUCAUCUUUGUAUGCCUUUAAUACUAAAGAACAGUAUUACAGCAUGAUACACAAGUACGUUAGCUCAGAGAAAGAUAAGAGCAUCAGUUCGGCUGAAGGAGACGUGUUCCCUCACAUUCUUGGGUUUGUGGAUGAGGCUGAAACACAGAUUCCAUAAUGAAGAAAUUCUAUUCUACUUAGAGGUAUUAAAAUGUGGUCUUGUUCCACCACAGUGGACCACAGAA